UAACACAUUCUCUUGAUAAGCUCUAACUCAAUGUGCAUCAUAUCCAUGGAGAUCUUAUCACAACUUUGGUCUCUCUUAGGUCUUUUGACUGUUCUCCAAAACAUUUUGCCCACACAACUUCUGUCAUUGCUCCACUCCAUCUAUGAAUCUUUUCAAGAUUUCUUCAGCCCUUACUCUUACUUUGAAAUCCCCGAGUUCAACGGCUACUGCGGCGUCGACGUUAACGAUCUCUACCGCCACGUUAACUUAUACUUGAACUCUAUGAACCCCUCCGCCACCUGCCGCCGCCUCACGCUGUCUCGCUCCAAAUCCUCCAACUGCAUUUCCUUCACGGUGGCGCCCAACCACUCCGUCCAAGACACCUUCAACGGCCACCGCCUCCACUGGACCCACCACGUCGAGACCGUUCAAGACUCGCUCGACGAAAAGCGCAGCUUUUCUCUCAAGUUCCCCAAGCGCCACCGCCUGCCGCUCCUCUCGCCGUACCUGGAACACGUGACGGCCCGGGCGGAGGAGUUCGAGAGAGUGUCGCGGGAGCGGCGUCUGUUUACGAAUAACGGCCGCGGGUCCUACGAGUCCGGCUGGUCCUCCGUGCCUUUCCGCCACCCGUCCACGUUCGAGACGCUCGCCCUGGAGCCGGAGCUCAAGAAUCAGCUCACGGAUGACCUGAAGGCCUUCGCCGACGGGAAAGAGUUUUAUCGCAACACCGGGCGUGCAUGGAAGCGUGGGUAUUUGCUCUACGGCCCUCCCGGGUCGGGGAAAUCUAGCCUUAUAGCUGCAAUGGCGAAUUUCCUUUGCUACGACGUCUACGAUCUGGAGCUGAGCAAAGUUUCAGACAAUUCCGAGCUUAGAGCUUUGCUCAUACAAACCACCAACCGCUCCGUCAUCGUAAUCGAAGAUAUCGAUUGCUCCAUAGAUUUAACCGGCGAUAGAGCGACGAAAAUGAGAAAAACAUGUAAGAAGGGACGCCAUGCGGGUGACAACGAGGAAGAAGACCGUCGGGUGACGCUAUCCGGGCUCCUGAACUUCACCGAUGGGCUAUGGUCGAGCUGCGGGGAAGAGAGGGUGAUUGUGUUCACCACAAACCACCGAGAAAAUGUAGACCCGGCGCUCGUUAGAUGCGGGCGCAUGGACGUGCACGUUAGCCUCGGCACGUGCGGGGCGCACGCGUUCAAAGCCUUGGUGAAGAACUACUUGGGCGUGGAAUCGCACGCGCUGUUUGAUGUGGCGGAGGGUUGCAUAAGGUCCGGCGGAGGCCUCACGCCGGCUCAGAUAGGUGAGAUUUUGCUGCGGAAUCGGAGGAACGCUGACGUGGCGGUCAAAGCGGUGAUAUCAGCAAUGCAGGCGAAGAUUUUGGGUGUCACCAUGGAUGCCAUUGAAGGUGGGCCUGACUAUGAUGACCUGGCAAGGUCGCCGGAGAGAAUGGAGCGGAGGCUGGCUGAACCACCGGAGAAUUGGGAGGAUUCACCGGAGAAAUGCGGCGGUAAGAGGAGGAGACCGGUGUGCGCGUGGGAUAAGAAAGUCAAAUUUCUUGUACGAUUAAGAUCUUUGACUAAAUCGGACUAUGGAAGAAGAGGGGUAUGAUAGUACAUUACUCUUUA